UAUGGGCUUGGCUUGACCACCACCCAGGUUUGUUUCUGUUGGGGACACAACACAACAACACAACAACACAAACAACAAUUUCUCGCUCUCUAAUCUCUCAGGAGAACAAAAGAGAGAAGAGAGAGAGACUCUCACAAAAGCUUCUUCCUUGUCCUCAUUCAUCAUCUUCUUUCUCUUUCCAAACCAAUAACAACCCACAUUUCAAUUUGUUUCUUCAUAUUUUAAACAAGGCGCGGGGUGGUGUGGAUCCAUGUGGGAUAUGUUUCUGUAACUCUGGGAUUCAGAGGAUGACUAACCGAAUCGCGGAAACGCCUCAGGGAGAAGGCAAUGCUCCUCCUCCUCCUCCCCCGCCUGGUGGCCCUGGUCGACCUGAAUCGCAGCCUUCUCGUAGUGGCAAUACGAUUUUCAAAAGUGGGCCACUAUUUAUAUCAUCGAAGGGAAUUGGAUGGACAUCUUGGAAAAAAAGAUGGUUUAUUUUAACUCGUACUUCACUGGUUUUUUUCAGAAGUGAUCCAAGUGCUGCUCUAAAGGGGAGUGAAGUGAAUUUGACCCUGGGUGGUAUUGACCUCAACAAUUCAGGCAGUGUGGUUGUCAAAGCAGACAAGAAACUCUUGACCGUGCUAUUUCCGGAUGGCCGUGAUGGACGAGCGUUCACACUUAAGGCUGAAACUUUGGAGGAUCUACAUGAGUGGAAGACUGCACUUGAGAAUGCUUUGGCACAAGCCCCAAGUGGUGGAGCAAUGGGGCAAAAUGGUAUAUUGGGGAAUGAGAAGACUGAUUCAGUCGAUGGUUCUUUGGACCAGUCAAAGGAGAAAAAGCCUGCAAAAUCUACAGUCAUUGGGGUGCCUGUUUUGCUGGCCUUGGAAGAUGUCGAUGGAGCUCCAUCUUUCUUGGAAAAAGCCCUUAGGUUCGUAGAAGAAUAUGGAGUCAUAGUAGAGGGGAUCUUACGGCAAGCUGCAGAUGUUGAUGAUGUUGAAAGUCGAGUACGAGAAUAUGAACAGGGGAAAAUUGAGUUUUCUCCUGAGGAGGAUCCACAUAUUAUUGCUGAUUGUGUCAAGUAUGUCCUUCGGGAGUUGCCAUCUUCUCCGGUCCCUGCCUCUUGCUGCAAUGCACUACUAGAAGCCUUUCGUAAGUCUGGUAAUGAUCGCGGUGGUAGAAUCAAUGCUAUGCGUACAACAAUAUGUGAUACAUUCCCAGAGCCAAAUCGUCGUUUAUUGCAAAGAAUUCUAUUGAUGAUGCAAACUGUGGCUGUGCACAAAGCUGUGAAUCGAAUGAGCUGCUCAGCUGUGGCAGCUUGCAUGGCACCCUUACUUCUCCGUCCACUCCUAGCUGGAGAUUGUGAAGUUGAUAACGAUUUUGAUAUGGGGGGUGAUGGUUCGGUUCAACUAUUGCAAGCCGCUGCUGCAGCUAAUCAUGCUCAAGCAAUCGUUAUUACUUUGUUGGAGGAGUAUGAUAACAUAUUUGGGGAAGGUGAUCUCUCCCCUGAACUAUACAGUGACACCGAAGAGAGUGAAAGUGAGACCGAGGGGGCAUCUGACGAAGGCGAUUACUAUGAUGAUGAAACUGAUGCAGAAACAGAUGAUGAUGUUGAAAUUGUUUCUGAUGGAACAUGCAGUGAGAGUGGUGACUCUGGACACAGUGAUCUGCAUAAUGAUAAGGAUGGUGAUGGUUUUAGCUCAGGUUCCAAGUCCCUUGAUGGAGAUGAUAAUAUUCAAGCUCAGAAGUUGUCGUCAAGCUCACUUAAAACUUUGCAGCCUCAACAUGAUGUGCAAAAGAAUGAGAAUGAACUGGUUUCAAGUAAAAAUAAUUCGGCAGAGCUGGCUAAUGAGUCUGCUGUAGUAGGAGAUGUUUCUAGAGAAACAAGUUCUGUGCAGCAGCCAAUUGUUCAUGGUCUUCCAUCCAUCCAAAAAUCUUCAACUAUAUCCAAUGGACCUGCACUUAGUACAAGAGGUCGUUCUGUUUGGGGACGUACCGCUGCAAAGAAGAACCUUUCAAUGGAAUCCAUCGAUUACAGCCUUGAGGAGGAGGAUGAAAUCCAGAUGCUUGAGAUUACUAAAUCAGAGUUGGAAAACAGAAUUGCAGAAGAGGUUCAAGGGAAUGCAGCUCUGCAAGCAAGUUUGGAAAGACAGAAGACAGCCUUGCGUGAGCGUCGUCUAGCUCUCGAGCAAGAUGUGGCAAGACUACAGGAAGAGUUACAGAAGGAGAGGGAUUUAACAGCAGCUCUUGAAGCAGGACUUCAUAUUUCUGGAGGAUGUGUACCCAAUUUAGCCACUGUUGAUGAAAAAACAAGGGCAGAGCUUCAUGAAAUAGCUCAGGCAGAGGCAAAUGUUGCCAACUUGAAGAAGAAGGUUGAUGAUCUAGGUGUACAGCUUAACCAACAACGAGAGAGAAACCAUGGCUCUAUGGCUGAUGCAUCCACUUUGUCCCAACAUAAUCGGGAUCUUCAUGCAAAACCGAACGCAAUGGAUAAAAAACAGGACAGUGAAGCCAUUGCCCCUUCACGUGAUGAAUCAUCAAGAAGUAAGGAUACUCAUACAGAUGGAGCAGAAAAACAUAGAAGCAACUCUCGGUCGGUUGUGUUGCCAACCGAUUCUUUUGCUGUAGAGCCAGUGGGGGCUAAGCCUAGUGCUCCAAGCAACUCCAAGAAAAGUGGUACAGGGGGUGAGGGAGGCACAACUUCGGCAAUAACAAAGUUGACGUCGCGACUGAAUUUUUUGAAGGAGCGGAGGAGCCAAAUAGCAAAUGAAAUUCAAGGCCGAGGUUCUGGUCAACCCGCCCAAAAUUUGGAUAAAAGUCAAUCAAUCCAAUACUCAGACAAGAGCUUGGAAACCACAGAAAAGCCAGAGAAGCUUAGAAAAGCAGAGAGUCAUUCGUACGCAGAGAGAGGCAGAAAAUCAGAAAGCCAACAGCAGCAUAGCCUGGACAGAGGAAAAUCAGAAAGCCAUCUGUCCGUUAGCGUGGAGAAAGGUCGAAUCGUAGAGAGUAAACCUUUCGGUACUCCAAGGACGGACUCUAGAUCAUAGCAAAUGUUUAUAUGUUCUCUUAAGGCUCAAGGACAGUUUUUUUGCAAAUGGGAUCUUCUUAUUUCAUAGAAGAAGAAAAAAAUUGCUGCUAGACAUGGACCAAAUUGUGCAGAGUAGAGUGAGGAAGUUCAUUGAAUAGGUUUUGGUUUUUUUUAUUGAGCAUUUGAUGCCUAUAUCAAAAUAGCUGCUCAAGUCCAUGCUAAAGCCCUCUAAUGCUCAGGAUGUACAGAUAUGAAGCAUCUCCUUGAUGUAAAACUGAAUUAUUUGCAACCCCAAACUGUUCAUUUAUGCUGCCACAGAGACAGCAGAAUUGCUCA